AUUCUGCUCUUCUUCUUCCCGCUGCAGCCCGAGAGGAAAAAAAAAGAAGGAACCCAGCCAUGCCUUGGAAAAUUGGUGAGAUAAGCUUGGUUUUCUCCUUCCUUUCUUGCUCUAGAACACACCUAGAACCCAGAAAUCUUCCCCCCUGCUGGAAAAGCCGGAUCUGCCCUGCUCUGCUUUGUCCUUCCGCCGGCUGCUCUUGAUUGUGGGUGAUUUCUGGGCAUUUUUUCAUUAAGAACAGCCCCUAAUUCCUUUGUUCUUGCUUGAAUUGGCUUGGGUUAACUUUGAUUGCUCUUGUUUCCUUCAAUUUUGGGUAGUUCCCGUGAGCUUCCCCUGCACUUGCCGCCGGCCUCUUCCCCAAUCUGCAGCUCCGGUUUUAGCUGGAAAAUUCUGGUUCCUGAUCGUUCUGUCAGUUAGUACGUGAAUUGAGUGCUCGGUUUUGCGGAGUGAGGAAGUGAAACCGAGGACAGGGAAACCACGGGAAGUGACGAGUUAGAAGGCUAGCCACUUGUAAAUUGAACAUAGAUUUAGAUAUAAAUCAUGAUCUUGUAAACUAGAUUAUAUUGGAGAUUUUAUGAUAUCAGAGUAAAUUUUAAAGAUUUGAUCUUCAGAUUUUGGUGGUAUCAAAGUGUGAUAUGAUAAGUUCCGAGCCUUGUGCACUUGUGGGACCCGUCUCACGAGUGUGCGGCACCCUUGCACGUGGCUCCGGACGCCUCAAAGUCUGUACUUGUUCCUCUUGCUCCGCUCUCCUAUCUUCCUCCCUUUCCUCUGCCCAACUUUUCCUCUACUCUGUGCCACGGAGUUCUGCUUCUGGGUUUGUCGUGAGAGGACAAGAAGGAAAGCGGUUGCACGGCAGUCAACAAAAAAGGAAGAGCGGCUGCAGGGAUGCGAGGAGGGGUGUGGGUGAAAUAAUGAAGGGGAAGAAAGUGAGGUGGGGUUACUGCAACGGCACUUGGAGGAUUAAUUGAUGUCACUUGCUCUCUCUCAAACCCAGAUCUGGGAGGACAGCCACACACAAAAAAAAAAAAAAAAUCUUCUUUUUGCCAAUUUUGAUCUCAUUUUGUCACCAUCUUCCCAGAUCAUCUUUCCGAUUUCAUCAUCUUCACCAAUCACCUCCAAAUAGCCACUCCCUCAACUCAAAACCAUAGAAAACCUCUUGUAUUUCUUCUGUGAUAGCCGCACAAAAGGGAUAAAAAUGUCAGAAAAUUCAACUUGUGCUCUCGGUGAUUUUUGUAGAAACAACAACGGAAGAGAUGGGAGAGCAAAAGGGCGAUUUCUAGCAUACUUUAGGUGAGAUUUAGGUGACUAAGGGAGGGCUUUGCUAUUUUGCUGUGGUAAGAUAGAAGAGUAGAGGAAGGAGGUCAACAUUUGUACCGAAAAACUACAGAUCUGCAUUUGUUUGCUUCUUAUGUAUAAAUCUUAGACAUGAAA